AUGUCUGCUCCACCUCCUCAACCUGGCCCUCAACCUGGCCCUGGCCAGAUCCCCAUGCCUCAGCCUGGACAGCGGCCAACGCCAGAGCAGAUCCAGGCAAUGCAGCGCCAGCUUGCUAUCGACGCUGAGAAGAACGGCAUGACUGUCCCCGAGUUCAUCGAGCAUAUCAAGAGACAAGCGCAAGAGCAGAUGCGCAUGCGCGCUGAACAGGCACAGCAGCAGGGCGGCGAAGCCGGCCAUCAUGGCCACGACCAUCCUCAUCCUCCCCAGCAAGGACGCUCUCAACCUAUCACUCCAGGACCUCCCAACCCCAAGGCUCUUGCUCUUGCCAAGUUCCUUCGAGGCCAGGAUCUUAAGAACAGAACUGUUAUUCUCAAUGGCGAGCGAAAGGACAUGUUUCGAGUCAAGCGAGCCCUACGAAUUCUCCAGUCCCCUGCUUAUGAGAAAGCCCGCAAGAAGAACCCUCUUCUACCCGAAAUUACCGACCGAGCUUCUCUCGAGAACACUUUCAAGCUGCUGCCCCUGAGCAUGCUUGCACUCCGAGUCUCUAAAGUCGAACCCCAGGCAGGUGCCAACGGAAAGAAACCCAAGCGUGUCAAGGGCCAGUGGACUGUCAAGAUUGAGCAGCAACAGGAGGCAAGGGAUGACAUGUAUUAUGCUUGGCUAUGGGAAGGCAGUCAGCUCAAGCGCAAGAUCUAUGCCGGCCUUGCACUCCUCGCCAUCUUCGCCGUGGUUCUGUACCCUCUUUGGCCUUUGGUGCUCCGUCAGGGCGUUUAUUACCUGAGCUGGGGACUCCUGGGACUCCUUGGCUUGUUCUUUCUCAUGGCCAUCUUCCGUGUUAUUCUUUUCUGCAUCACCUAUUUCACUACAUCACCUGGUCUCUGGCUUUUCCCCAACUUGUGGGAAGAUGUUUCAUUUAUGGACAGUUUCAGGCCCGUCUGGGCUUGGCACGAGACCGAGAAAAAGAAGAAGAAGAAGAAGUCGGCAGUCCCUGGAACCAGCGCCAACCCCGCCUUCGCAGCCGCCACUGGACAAGUUGCGCCCACAAGCGCAACAACGACUGGUACAGAUACUCAGGUCAACACUGGUGACCUACAGCAACGGCACUACGAGGCCCCAAGGGUCGAGGAACUCGCGGAUGACGAGUAG